AUGGCCUCCAUACGAGCCGGAGCAGCGCCUAUAGCAACCAUUUUCCGCUUCGCCUCUCAACCCGCGGCAACCCGAAGAUGCGCACACUGCCUGAAAGUACAACGAUGCCCCUUCUCCUCCUACCAACCAGCCCGCCAGUCCUCGAAGAGACCUCUCAUGACCGACUCUGCCUACCGACCGCAAACGUUAGAGCCGGAAAUGCCGCCGCCACGAAACGCUGGGACGCCAGAUACGAGCAUAUCGAGCAGCGAAGAGCAGUCGUGGCCACCUACAGCGCCUUGGCAGAGAAAAGAUGGCGGUUCUGCUGUGGGGGAGGCUGAAGGUGAAGCGCAGAGAAGUAAACCUACGGCAGCAGCACAGCCGUUAACCACGCAGACAAUUGCACCGCCCGAACCAGCUCCAGCGAAACCCAGGAAGAGCAAGCUACGACCACGGAAAGCUGCCAUGAACCUCACACCCAAGGCCGUGGAGCAGCUCAAGGAGCUCUUCGAACAACCCGAGUCCAAGCUCAUCCGAGUCGGCGUGAAGAACCGCGGCUGCUCCGGUCUGGCAUACCACUUGGAGUAUGUUGACAAACCUGGAUCUUUCGAUGAGUCCGUGGAGCAAGACGGUGUAAAGGUGCUCAUCGACAGUAAGGCAUUGUUCAGCAUUAUCGGAAGCGAGAUGGAUUGGCAGGAGGACAAGUUGAGUGCACGGUUUGUGUUUCGCAACCCUAAUAUCACGGAACAGUGUGGGUGUGGAGAGUCGUUCAGCAUUUCGUAA